AUGAUCGACCUCUUGCUUCUCCAGCCCGACAAGGGCGGCAAUCCGCAACUCGUCAAGGAUUCGCAAAAGAAGCGAAACGCCUCCGAGGAGCUCGUCGACGAAGUGCUCGCCCUCUACAAGAACUGGGUUUCGCUUCAAAAGGAUCUCGAUGUCGCGCGUCGAGAUGUCAACGCCGUCCAGGCUGAGAUCACCAAGCUGCGCAAAGCCAAAGAGAACGCCGAUGAGCAGAUGGCCAAGAAGAAGGAGCUCGAUGCCAAGGUCAACCAACUCAAGCCUACCGUCGUAGCUGCCGAACAGGAGAUGAAGACCAAAGCCAUGCAGAUCGGCAACAUUGUCGGCGACAAGGUACCUAUCAGCAAUACCGAAGACGACAAUGCCGAGCUUCGCAAGUGGCACCCGGAUGGGCCCAACGCACAGGUGGAGAAGAAGGAGGGCAUUUUGAGUCACCACGAGGUCAUGUACCGCCUGGAACUGUUCGACACGGAACGUGGAACCAAGAUCUCGGGUCAUCGUGGAUUCUUUCUCACUGGCGACGGUGUCGAUCUCAACCAGGCGCUCAUCAACUACGGCCUGGACUUUUUGCGUAAAAAGGACUACAAGAAGAUCAUGACGCCCUUUAUGAUGCGUAAGGAAGUCAUGGCCAAGACGGCGCAGCUCGACCAGUUUGACGAAGAGCUUUACAAGGUGACGGGGGAUGAAGAUGACAAGUACCUGAUCGCCACCUCGGAACAGCCCAUCUCGGCGCUGCACUCGGAUGAAGUGUUUACCGAACCCGCCAAGCAGCUGCCCAUUCGCUACGCCGGCUACUCGACCUGUUUCCGCAAAGAAGCCGGAUCGCACGGCAAGGACACCUGGGGAAUCUUCCGUGUCCACCAAUUUGAAAAAGUGGAACAAUUCUGCAUCACCGACCCCGCUUCGUCAUGGGACAUGCUCGAACAGAUGCUCGCCAACUCGGAAGAGUUCUACCAGUCGUUGCAACUGCCGUACCAUGUUGUAGCCAUCGUCUCUGGUGCGCUCAACAACGCAGCUGCCAUGAAGUACGACUUGGAAGCCUGGUUCCCGUUCCAGGGAGAGUACAAGGAGCUUGUCUCGUGCAGCAACUGCACUGACUACCAGUCCAGACGUCUGGACGUGAGGUGCGGUUUCAAGAAGCCCGGCGACACCAAGCAGACUUUCGUUCACAUGCUCAACGGUACGCUUUGUGCUACCGAGAGAGCGCUCUGCUGCGUGGUCGAGAAUUGGCAGACUCCAGAGGGACUCAAGAUUCCCCCACCACUCCAGCCCUACAUGGGCGGAAGGGACUUCUUGCCUUGGGUCAGGGAGUUGCCCAAGAACACGACUAGCCAAAAGAAGAAGUAA